AUGAGUUCGGAUGACAUGGGAAAAUCAGGACUGAUAACUGAUUACACGAUGCAUUUCGGGAAACUACUCAAACGAGCAACUGCUUUGAUCCUGUCUGAUAGACUCAGUAUCGAGUGCCAGAACGAUAUGGAGGCUGUGGUUAUCAAAGCCAGAGGCUACGUCCUUGGUUACGUUGAAGCUGUGGAUGAUGAUAUGAGAACCAACAACAGGCAGUGCAUUGACGUCAGUUGGAGGGACAUAUUUGGUACCGAAACAUUCAGGGGACACGACAUUGUCUCUUGGACGAUCCAGACGUCGUCUAUCCCCUUGAAAAGGGGAGAUAUUGUUUGUCUGAUCGAAGGUGCGACAAGGCCUACCAUCAUUAGAGCCUAUCGGGACUUUUCAGCUGUUCUUGUGAUAGCGGCGCAACCCCCAAAGUACCUGGACGAGCACGAUGUGCAUUUGACAUGGGGUUCGGUUUCCAAGCAGAUUGCUGUUCCUCAACGCGAUUUUCUCCUUGUUUGGGAUUGGAAUUACUCUCCAGAGAUGUUCACUAUACACGAUUGCUAUUCAGCAUGGGCACACUCAAAUGAAUGGUCUGAAGAGAUAACAAACACGGACACGGAUGUUCAUCUUGCCAGAGCAAAUCAGGUUUUGAAAUGCGGAAUCCUUUCGCUUGAUGCAGGCAAUCUAGCAAUUGCAGAACAGAGGUGCUCAGAGGCGCUGUUGUACUAUGAAUCAGCACUUCAAGUGCGAGAUUCGGUCGGAAGAUGCCAAAAAGAAUUUGCAGAGCUACUUUGUAAAGUACAAGACAGGAUCGACGCCAUUUUCUAUACGCCCCUUUCGCAUGAUCCGGAGAGUCAAAGGGCAGUGGGAGUCCGGAGCAUUUCCUUGCUGUUCUUUUGGGUAUUACAAAGCGAGUACCGGUUUGUCAUGAAACUUCUGUCGGAAACAGGCAUGGUGGACCCCAAUAUUGGGGUCCAUGGAUGGCCAUCAAUGCUAUCGCUAGCAAUUAGAAUGGGACGGUUAGACAUCAUUGACUGGCUGCUUCGAAAAGGAGCAAAUGUCAAUAGUCUGUCAUUCCAACAUUCUAAGGAGAUGAUACCACUCCACGAGGCGACAGAAAUGGGGCAUCUGGCGAUGGUGGAGCGAUUGCUCAAGGCGAAAGCAAACGUGAAUGCAACGACGAGAUUUCGAAAAGAGACAGCACUUCAAAAAGCAGCCGGAGCUGGCCAUGUUGCAAUUGUAGAUUGUCUGCUCCGUGCAAAAGCACAUGUCAAUGCUACAAAUGGGCCGGGAAGUACCGCACUCCACAAGGCAUCGGAAGCCGGCCACCUCGCCAUCGUGGAACGACUACUCCAAGCCAAAGCAGACGUCAACGUGGGGGGAAGAUUCGGAGAGCACCGGCCACUUGAGGCUGCCUCUGGUGCUGGUCAUCUGGCUAUUGUAGAGCGCCUGAUCAAAGCGAAUGCAAAGAUCAACGGAGGCGGCUACUUUAGAGAAAAGUCGCCCAUUCAGGCAGCGUCGGGCAAUGGCCAUCUUGCAAUAGUGGAACGGUUGCUACAAGCGGGGGCAGAUGUCAAUAUUGGGAAGGAAUUUGGGUUAGAAACGGCACUUGUAGCUGCUUCCCAUGGCGGCCACCUUGCUGUGGUAGAACGAUUGCUCCAAGCAAAGGCUCAUGUCAACGGUGGAACAGGACCACAAAGAAGCGGACGGACAGCGCUCCAAGCAGCCUCAGAAGCCGGUCAUCUUGAUAUCAUCGAGAGAUUGCUACAGGCAAAAGCAUGGGUCAGAGAAACAAGUAUCGACGAAGAAACAGCACUCAGUCUGGCGUCAAAGGCGGGUCAUUUACACAUUGUGGAACGACUCAAGUUAGCAGCAGUAUCCAGGUGA